CGAAUUUGUUCGCAUAUACAGUUUCAAACUGCUGAGUGACGUGCUCUUUCUUGUUCUACACACCAAUCACUUAUCUCACUCUCUUUCUCUCGAGGCAAUAACGAUCCGUAGGGAUAAGGCAAUGCAAGUGCCGAUUAAUAUCCUUACAAGCACUACUCUUGACAGGGAUACAAGUGUUCUUAUUCAUUGCUGAAGGAUUUUAAUAUUUCUCAAAAAAUGAUUAUUGAAUCAUUCUGAAUCGUUUUCUGUGACGUUCUCAGGAAGCCCAAGUUUGCCAUGGAUUGUUAACUGUUGCUUGGGUACAUGCUGUCGAAGCUAAAAUCGAUUUUUCAUGUUGACAAGAAACAUUCCAAAAGUGAAAUUCUAUCAUAGAAUCAAUAAGAAUAUCUUAGCUCAAGCAAAGUUAAGAUUGGAGCGAGAAAGUGUAGAGAUGUUCCUUAUAAAAAAUAAAGCUAGCACAUCGGUGCAAAUUUUCGCACAAAUUCACCCCACAAGGUCGAUGGUUGUCAACAUCACAGAUCGCGUCGUUUCUGAUUUCAAUCAGUGUAUCAGACAAAGCAGUAAUCAUCAUUCCUCCCUCGCAUUACCCAGGCAGUAUGAAGCGACAAACAACCGUUGGAAAAGGAUGGUUUGUCAGUACGGUACUAUCAGUAUUUUGCAAUCACAUGGGAACAGGGAUCUGUUUCUAAACCAACGAAUGAAUCUUCAUUCUUGCAAUGCGUUAUGUUUACCAUUAUCACCAAGAAUCUACAGUAAACGAGCAGCGUUUUACAAGGAAAUAGAUCAAGACAACAAAGGAACGAUCGUUUCUGGCUUUCAAUUUCGGAGAAAUUUGUCAAUGGUUUUAAAACAGCGUGAUGCCGACAAGAAACAAGCCGAAGAUCUGCUGUUCGAUAUGUUCAAAAAUGAAGAUACAAAUCUGCUCAAUAUUGGAAAAUUUCUGGCGGCACUCCGAACUACCGGCAUUCGCCGAACGGAUCCACGCAUCGGUGAAAUGAUGGAAAAUCUGAAGAAAGUUCACAAAUUGAAUAACUAUGAUGGAGGCUCUCCUCUAACCCAGCAUCUUAAUGCGGAAACGUUUAAGGCCGUUAUAUCACCAAAUAUCGUCCUGAUUGCACGGGCAUUCAGACACCAGUUUGUGAUUCCUGAUUUUCAUGGUUUCACGAAGGACAUUGAGGAACUAUAUUGGAAGUGUAAAAGUAACACGGAUGGUAAGGUGGCCAGCUAUAUUCCACAACUGGCACGUGUGAAUCCUGACUAUUGGGGCAUCAGCAUUUGCACGGUGGACGGUCAGCGAUUCUCGAUCGGAGAUUCCAAUGUUUCCUUCACGCUGCAGAGUUGCAGCAAACCGUUGACGUAUGCAAUCGCGUUGGAAAAGCUUGGAUCCGACGUGGUUCACCAGUAUGUUGGACAGGAACCGAGUGGAAGAAAUUUCAAUGAGUUGGUGUUAGACUACAACAAGAAACCACAUAAUCCGAUGAUCAAUGCCGGGUCUAUACUAACUUGUUCUUUGUUGAAAACACUGGUUCACCCGGAAAUGACACUUGCCGAGAAGUUCGAUUACACUCAAACCUGGUUCAGUCGAAUGGCUGGCGGUGAAACGCUGGGAUUCAACAAUGCAGUGUUCUUAUCGGAACGAGAAGCUGCUGAUCGAAAUUAUGCACUUGGAUUCUAUAUGCGCGAACAUAAGUGCUAUCCAGAAAAGGCUAAUUUGCGUGAAUGUAUGGACUUUUAUUUUCAGUGCUGUUCGAUGGAAACUACAUGUGAAACUCUGUCCAUAGUGGCUUCCACGCUUGCGAAUGGAGGAAUCUGCCCUCUCACGGAGGAAAAAGUUCUGAAAUCAGAGAACGUACGGGAUGUGCUUUCACUAAUGCAUUCCUGUGGAAUGUAUGACUUUUCUGGUCAGUUUGCUUUCAAAGUUGGCCUUCCAGCGAAAUCAGGAGUCUGCGGGGGUGUUAUGUUGGUCAUCCCGAAUGUUAUGGGAAUUUUCAUGUGGUCUCCUCCCCUGGAUCCACUGGGGAACAGUUGCCGUGGAGUACAAUUCUGCGAGGAACUGGUGAACAUUUUCAAUUUUCAUUUAUAUGAUAAUUUGAAACACGGUUCAAACAAAAAAGAUCCACGUCGCCAUCGUUACGAAACCAAAGGACUGUCGGUAGUAAAUCUACUGUUCUCAGCUGCAAGUGGUGAUGUUACGGCUUUGAGAAGACAUAAACUAUCAGGAAUGGAUAUCACGUUGUCUGACUACGACGGUAGAACUGCAUUACAUUUGGCCUGUUCCGAAGGACAUCUAGAGUGCGUAAAAUUCUUGCUCGAGCAUUGUGGUGUUCCACAUGACGCUAGGGACCGUUGGGGAAAUCGUCCAAUCGAUGAAGCCGAAACGUUCGGACAUGAUGCGGUGGUAGAUUUUUUGAAGGAAUGGGAUGAGAAGGUAGAGAUGGCGAAAAAAAUUGCAAACGAUCCCGGUUACAACUCGGACCGUGACAGUUCCAAGAGUGAAUCGUCUGCUUGCUCAACCGACAGUAAAGCCAAACAUCCUACAGAUAUUUUGAACUGAGGUGCAGCAACAUCUAUGUGAAUGUAUAGCAUUAUCGAUCAGUUAUUUGAUUAUUUCGCGCAGUUUUUUGUUGUACUCUAAGUUUCAAUAAUGAGACUGAUUUUCUUUUAUUCAAAGUAACCUCUAGUUAUUUGGUUACUUGAAAUCCUAAUAGUUAACAAUAAUUUAUUAGUUUCUUAGAAAUCUCAAAAAUUAGAUUCUCAUGUAAUACGAAUAUUCCAAUUAUUCUGAUUUCUUUUAAAUUUUUAGUAAUACGUAACUUUUCUUUUCGAUAUUUAGUUUUAUAAAUUACUGUAUUCUAAAUGUGAACAUUUCAUCGAUUGCAACUAUGUCCAGUUAAAAAUAAUUGUUCCGUGUCAUGUCAGCGUUUUAAAACUGAACUAGCUCUGUUCUCAAUAUAACAGGAAGUCCUAAUACGAAUCAAUAAAGUAAUAUUCAGACAAUAAUUACAGAUUAAGGCUUACUAGCUAGUUACAGGUCAGUCAAUUAUUUGUCGAAUUAUAAAUUGUUUAGUGUUUUCAGAAUAUGUGAAUGUGAAUAUACCGAUUAGAAAUAUCUAUCUGUUGGAGUGACUAGUAGAUGUAAGACAUAAUCAAUAUACAUCAAUUAUUGUGGUUAGUCUGCAUGGACAAAUGAUGGUAUUAAACGUUGAAUGAGUAAAAUGCAUAAAAUAACGUGUAU